GCGUCACAGCGGAGCUCGUUUUUGGAUUGGCACUUGGAAAAGGAGGCCCAUGUGGUGUGUUAAUGAGCGGGCCACAGACUUCUGCACUUUAGAAAGCUUUCACUUGAUCAUUUCGGCACCUGAAUGUUCGUUUGGCCAUUUCUUCUACGAUGUUGUUAGAAGCGCUGGGCGGAGAUGAAACGGUUGUCUUUGCCGCCGCUGCCGCCUCUGUGCAGGUGCAGGUGGAGCCUGUGGGUCGAUGGUUCGAGGCCUACGUGAAGAGGAGGAACAGGAGCACAUCUACCUCCUUCCAGGAGCUGGAGGAGGAAGAGGAGUCGGAGGAGGAGUUGGAGGAUGAGGAGUUCCAGCUGGAGGAGUACCCGAUGCUCCGAACGCUUGACCCCAAAGACUGGAAGAAUCAAGAUCACUAUGCUGUCCUCGGGCUCAUAAACUUGCGGUACAGAGCCACACAGAAGCAGAUCAAAGCUGCCCACAAAGCGAUCGUGUUGAAGCACCAUCCUGACAAGAGGAAAGCUGCAGGAGAGCAGAUUGUAGAGGGAGACAACGACUACUUCACCUGUAUAACUAAAGCUAUAGAAAUCCUGUCGGACCCGGUGAAGAGGAGAGCCUUCGACAGUGUAGACCCUACCUUCGACAACGCUGUGCCUUCAAAGGGCGAAGGCAAAGAGAACUUUUACGAGGUGUUCGCUCCCGUUUUCGAGAGAAACGCCAGAUGGUCUUCCAAAAAGCACGUGCCCAAACUUGGAACCAUGGAGUCCUCUUUCGAAGAAGUCGAUAAUUUUUACUCUUUUUGGUACAACUUUGAUUCAUGGAGAGAAUUCUCGUACUUGGAUGAAGAGGAAAAGGAGAAGGCUGAAUGUCGAGACGAGAGGAGAUGGAUUGAAAAGCAGAAUCGAGCCUCCAGAGCUCAGAGGAAGAAGGAGGAGAUGAACAGAAUACGAACACUAGUUGACACCGCCUACAGCUGUGACCCUAGAAUAAAGAAAUUCAAAGAAGAAGAAAAAGCCAGGAAGGAGUCUGAGAAGAAGGCUAAGGCCGACGCCAAGAAGAGAGAGCAGGAGGAGAAAGAGAGAGUAAGUCUCAUUCUAAAGCUCAUCCUGACAAAGUUAAAAGUAUUUUUUAUCUCUUUUAGAUGGGAAGUUAUUGCCAACUAUAUGAACCUACACUCCACCAGUGGCAUGAAGAGGAACGCCAAAGACGUCAUCAACAAAGCCAAGAAUCUACAACGGCUAGAUCCACUACAGAAAGAUGAGAUCAACAGAAAAGCCUUUGAGAAGUUCAAGAAGGAACACAGUUCAGUAGCGCCCUCCAUAGACAACGCCAUGCCCUCAGAGAGAUUUGAUGCCUCUGGUAGCGAUGGCAACGCUGCCGCCUGGACCACAGAGGAACAGAAACUUCUGGAACAAGCCCUGAAGACCUACCCAGUCAGCACCCCUGAGCGCUGGGAGAAGAUUGCUGCUGCCGUCCCGGGACGAAGCAAGAAAGACUGUAUGAAGAGGUACAAGGAGCUGGUGGAGAUGGUUAAAGCCAAGAAGGCUGCACAGGAGCAAGUGGCAGGCAAGAGUAAAAAAUGACAAGAACCACAAAGAAUAGUAUCUGUUAUUUUAACAUUAUUGUGUUGGUCUUUAUUUUAUAAUAAAAAUUAAAGGAGGAAAAAUGC